GAGGGAGGAGCUGGGGGACGCGGUGAGAGCUGCCGGCUCCUCUCUCACUCCCAGAGCCCGGCUCCUUCCCGCGGCCAACCGCCGCCCCCUCACCCCCCAUCCCCAUCCCCAUCCCCAUCCCCGUCCCCGUCCCCUCAGCCGCCGUGCCUCCGGCCAAGAUGAUGGAGCUGGACGACGGGGUGGUGUACCAGGAUGACUGCUCGGUGUCCGUCAUGUCCGAGCGGGUCUCCGGCCUGGCCAACAGCAUCUACCGCGAGUUCGAGCGGCUCAUCCACAAGUACGACGAGGAGGUGGUGAAGGAGCUGAUGCCGCUGGUGGUGAACGUGCUGGAGAACCUGGACUCGGUCUUCACCGAGAACCAGGAGCACGAAGUGGAGCUGGAGCUGCUGCGGGAGGACAACGAGCAGCUCCUCACCCAGUACGAGCGAGAGAAGUCCCUCCGAAAACAAGCCGAGGAGAAAUUUAUUGAGUUUGAAGAUGCACUGGAGCAAGAGAAGAAGGAGCUUCAGACGCAUGUGGAGUCUCUGGAGCUACAGACCAGGCAGCUGGAACUCAAAUCUAAGAACUAUGCAGACCAACUUACCAGACUGGAGGAGCGGGAAGCAGAUAUGAAGAAGGAAUACAACGCGUUACACCUGAGGCACACUGAGAUGAUACAGACUUACGUGGAACACAUAGAACGAUCCAAGAUGCACCAAGUUGGGGGGAAUGCCCAAUCAGAUGGAACGAUGACUGGAAGGAACAAUAGAAAGGAACGACCAAAUACUCUGGGCCUCUUCCCUGUGUUGGAUGGGAAUCUCCGUGGGCAGCAAGUUGGCCGUAUCACUCCCGGCUCUGACAACUGGCAUCUGAGCGAUCUUAGCCAGCCCCUAUCUAAUUGUAGCCUGAAGGAUGAUACCUCGGAGUCUGGGCAAUCGUCAGCUGCUGCCACCCCGAGUACCACAGGAACCAAGUCCAACACCCCAACAUCAUCUGUACCUUCUGCAGCUGUCACUCCACUAAAUGAAGUAGUUAAUCCAAUCUACAACGGGGACAGCAAAGUCAAGAACCAGCGAAAGCGGGCGAAAGGUAAUAGCAGAAACAUGGAAGUCCAGGUCACCCAGGAGAUGAGGAACGUCAGCAUAGGAAUGGGAAGUAGUGACGAGUUGUCUGAUCUUCAGGAGAUUAUUGAUUCAACCCCAGAACUUGAUAUGUGUCAAGAUCCACGCUUUGAAGGACGUGGAGGCAACAGCCCCACGCAAGGAAUUGUAAAUAAGGCGUUCGGGAUAAACACGGAUUCACUGUACCAUGAACUUUCCACUGCUGGGUCAGAAGUCAUCGGGGAUGUGGACGAGGGGGCAGAUCUGCUCGGAGAGUUUUCAGGAAUGGGAAAGGAGGUUGAAAAUCUCAUCAUGGAGAACACCCAGCUUUUGGAAACUAAGAACGCUCUGAACAUAGUGAAGGAUGACCUGAUUGCAAAGGUUGAUGAGCUGUCAAGUGAGCAGGAGGUGCUGAAAGGGGAGCUGGAGACUGUCAAACAAGCCAAAGUCAAGGUUGAGAACCGGAUGAAGGAGCUGGAGGAAGAACUGAAACGGGUUAAAUCAGAAGCUAUCGUGGCCAUGAAUAAUAAAGAAGGCAAAGAGGAGCUGGAGGACGUGAGCGAUGACGUACAGGUGGCGCAGAGACGGCGCUUCACGCGGGUGGAGAUGGCACGGGUACUGAUGGAGCGCAACCAAUACAAGGAGAGGUUGAUGGAGCUGCAGGAGGCUGUCAGGUGGACUGAAAUGAUCAGAGCUUCUCGAGAGUACCCAUCAAUGCAGGAGAAGAAAAAAUCAGGCAUUUGGCAGUUUUUCAGCCGUCUCUUUAGCUCUUCUUCUGCUGCCCAGCCAACAAAGAGGCCACCGGUCCUUCAUUAUGCUGCUCCCAACACUUAUGGUUCCUCUGGCUUCACCAAGCGCCGCAGCCACACCAUGUCCCAGUUAUCUACUGCAGACAAAACACGUGCCAUAGACUUCCUGCCUGAGGAACAGAAAGUGCCUAAGGAGGAGAAGAAACCAGACCCAGAUAAUGAACAAGUCGCAGUGACUGUGUUUGCCUUUCCUCUCAGUGAUUGUACAUCGACGGCUCGACGGGAGCUGAAACGCGAACAGUACCGACAGGUGAGGGACCAUGUCAGGAACGACGAUGGACGACUACAGGCGUGUGGCUGGAGCCUCCCAGCAAAGUACAAACAGUUAAGUCCUAAUGGCAGCCAGGAAGAUAAUCGUAUGAAGAAUGUCCCUAUCCCAGUGUACUGCCGUCCGUUGGUCGCAAAGGAUCCAACCAUGAAGCUUUGGUGUGCAGCUGGUGUGGAUUUGACCGGCUGGAAGCCGCAGCGGAUGGAAAAUGGGAAUGAGCUGGGUCGCUCACGCAGCUGUGAUCCCCUAACCUCCAACACUGAGAAGGAUGGGAAGAAUAGCAGCAGUCACAGCUCUCCUGAUAAAAUCAAAAAGGUUCACAGUGCAGAGGACGUCUCGAGCCGUGUGUGGAUCUGCACUAGCACACACUCCACCAGUAAAAUUGUGAUCAUUGAUGCCAACCAGCCUGGCACCAUUAUGGACCAGUUUAUAGUGUGCAACGCUCAUGUUCUGUGUAUCACCAGCGUCCCAGCUGCGAGCGAAAGUGACUACCCUGCCGGAGAAAUAUUUUUAGAGGGAGACUUGAAUCCGGAUGAUUCCAGUGGAACAGAAGGGGUACUAGCAGGAAUUACACUAGUAGGAUGUGCAACACGGUGCAAUGUUCCCCGGAGCAACAGCACAUCUAGAAGUGACACCCCAACAUCUGACAAAGGACAAAGUGAUGUGGCUACUGUGAAAGGUGGGAAGGUUAACCAACCACAAUCAGCUGAAGAGGCAACUGAAGCAACAGAAGCAACAGAAAACGGUGCAAGUGAUGUGGAACCAGCAUUGGCACGGCCUAGUGCCUACACAGAGCAUGUAUUCACCGACCCAGCACAGACAGAAGAUAAAACUCAGCUCAGGGAAAAUGGACAAGUCAAGGAGGAACAGAGUGCAGGCCAGCCAGCACAGGAAGCAAACAUUCGCACCAACGGGUCAAUCACAAGCGCUGCCCCUACUAUGUGGCUAGGGGCACAAAAUGGCUGCCUUUAUGUACACUCUGCGGUAUCCAACUGGAAGAAGUGCCUGCACACCAUCAAACUGAAGGAUGCUGUCCUCAGCAUUGUACAUGUGAAAGGACGUGUUUUGGUGGCGUUAAAUGAUGGAACAUUGGCUAUAUUCCAUAGAGCUGAAGAUGGCCAAUGGGACCUGAGUAAUUACCACCUCAUGGACCUGCGACGCCCAAACCACUCCAUCCGUUGCAUGGCUGUUGUGCAUGACAAGGUCUGGUGCGGCUACAAGAACAAGAUCCACGUCAUUCAACCUAAAACAAUGCAGAUUGAGAAAUCUUUUGAUGCUCAUCCAAGAAGGGAAAGCCAAGUACGCCAAUUGGCAUGGAUUGGAGAUGGGGUUUGGAUAUCAAUUCGCCUGGAUUCCACAUUGCGCCUAUAUCAUGCGCACACGCAUCAACAUUUACAGGAUGUAGACAUUGAGCCUUAUGUCAGUAAGAUGUUAGGUACUGGCAAAUUGGGAUUCUCUUUUGUGCGAAUCACAGCUUUGCUUAUUGGUGGAAACCGCCUUUGGGUGGGGACAGGAAAUGGAGUCGUUAUCUCUAUCCCACUGACAGAAACUGUAGUUUUGCACCGAGGUCAACUGCUGGGGUUCAGGGCCAAUAAGACCUCACCAACUGGCAGUGAAGGAAACCGUCCUGGUGGAGUGAUUCGUGUGUAUGCUGAUGAGAGCAGUGACAAGGCCUCAAUUGGCAGCUUCAUCCCAUAUUGUUCUAUGGCUCAAGCCCAGCUCUGUUUCCAUGGACACAGGGAUGCUGUCAAAUUCUUUGCGUCGGUGCCAGGUAACGUUCUUGCAACAUUGAAUGGCAGUGUGUUGGAUAGCCCCACAGAGAAUCCGGGACCCACAGCACCUGAGCAGGAAGAGCGGAAGCUGCAUCCUGUCUUAGUGCUCAGUGGAGGAGAAGGCUACAUUGACUUUAGGAUUGGUGAUGGUGAGGAUGAUGAGACGGAUGAAAGUUUGCCAGACGGAAUCAGACCGGCCCUCUCCAAGGCAGAACGAAGCCACAUCAUUGUCUGGCAGGUGUCAUAUGUUCCUGAAUGAGAUGUUACUACCACAAAACUCACCCCUAAAUGCCUGCACAUCAUCUGUAUGUACAUAUAAAAUACCCUGCAUUGUUCUUGUCCAUGAAGAAAGCCUCUCAAAAUCUAUAAAUUCUGUUGCAUUUCCAUGGUAUCUUCGCUUUGGAAUUGGUCAUUUGUUUGAAAUUUGCAACGGACUGUCCAACGCCUUUUUGAAUUCAAUUUAAAAAUGAAAUGAUAUGUGAAAAUAAUUUAGGAAUAGCUAACACCGGAUUUUUUUGGAGACUGAAUCCCUAUUCACCAUUUAACCAAAUUUGUUGCUGUUACAAGCACUUGCCUUUAUCAUUAACCUGUUCUUAAAACAUUGAACUGACUCUAAGGAUGCCAUCAUGAUGCACAUCAAGUGCUGGAGGAAGUAAUGUCAUAAGGCAACUUUUCAUAUCUGUCCAUAUACCCUGCAUUUAAAAGUUUAUUUACAUUUAAAAUUAGGAUUUAAUUCCUUUUUUCCAUCAGUCAAAAUUUACCCCCAAAAUGUUUUAUUAAAACAUUAUUUCCAUUAAUGUUUACACUUAAACAGCUGCCUAUAACUGUUACUUCACUCAAAUGAGUUUCCCAUGAGGUUCUGCCCCUGCAGUAGAACCCAAAUGACUGGUAAGAGGGCUAGAAAGAUGGGUAAAUAUUUUCAAGAACAACAUUAUGGGCACAAUAAAAUGGAGAGAGAGAGAAAGAUGUGAAGACUGAGAAUUGAUGUGGCUCUGUUCAUUUUGUCCAAGGAUAUCACUGAUGUUCAAUGACGGAGGGAAAUGUAACCAUUUUUCAGAUCACUUUCAUCAGAGAAUAGAUUGAUUACAGCACAUGUUAAAUCAAUUUUUAGCUACCCAUUCGGUCACAUUAAAGGUGGUACCAUUGAGGAUGUUAUUUCUUUCUGGGGGGGAAGAAGUGCAUUCUCCUUAAGGUGGGUUUCCACACAGCUCUAAAAAGUGAAUUUUUACCACUGUUCAUUGUAGCUGUCAGCGUUCUAGUUGGCAUAUUUAAGGGUUUGGUGGAGCCUAUUACCUGCUUUAAUGCGUAACGAUAUCUGAACAGAAAUAAGGAACAAUGGAAUUUCAAUAGGAUGCAUUCAACAUUCAUUUCAGAGUGUCAUUGGGUUCUGCAGAAAUUUUGGAGCAAGAUGGACAGGGAUUUAUGGCUGCCCCCUUCAAUGAACAAUUUUAAUCCAUGAAUUUCUUUUGUGAAAUAUACAUCCCUUUGAUUUUUAAGUGGUUAUAUUUCUUUUGGGAUAAAUAGAAUUACUCUAAAGGGUUCUAUUAUAACAAUGAAAUAAAAACAAGAUCUUGGAUGCUGGCUGCACAAUUUGCUGGAAAGGUAUCUUUUCUGGACAGAUUUAUGGAUGGGUAGCUAUAGGUUGUGUGCAAGAUUGCAGCGAAUAUCUUGAGUUCACCUUGGCUAUAGGCCCACUGGAUGGACAUUCACUAACCCAAAGGAAGUGUAGAAAGACAUUUCAGUAUUCAUCACUGAUCUAUGUCAGUUACCCUUUCACCAUGACACAGCAAUAUGCAUUAUGAACAUGCAUGGUAUUCCAGUAUUGAAACAUUGAGUGAGAUACCAUAUGCUUUGAAGUUUCUUUUUACUUGCUCCCAGUUGUCCUUUACAAAAGUGAAAUGGUCUCGAGUAAAAGCAGAGCAAUUCCAGAAGUGGUUUUGGUUAGAGAAGACUGGCAAGGGUAAUGAUUACAAACCAUUGCUUAUACCAAGGUAUUCAAUAAUACCUUCUAGGUUAUUUACAAUGCAGUCCUCAUUAUUUUUGUGGUGAUAGUGUGCCCCAGUAGUUUUAACAAUAUAUAUAUAUAUAUAUAUAUAGAUAUAUGUAGUUCUGGAUGCAAAAAGCUGAUAGCUUUAGUAUAGGUCUUGUCAUCUUUCUCAAAUUAAAUAAAUUGAAGAAGCGCACACAAAUUGUGAACAGUCUGUAAAGGAGAAAAGGUGCUCAAGGGAACAAAUAGCAUUUUCUUGGUCCUUAUCUUUGUUCACAACUUUAAAUGUUGCGACUUAGAUGGUACGCCACCCAGAGAGGCAGGAAGAGAUGAACAAAAUUAGAGAGGAUGACUGCUGACCAGUGCACUGACAGUAGCUGUGGAGAAGUUUGCAUCCAUGCUUUUUGUGUGAAGGACAGCACAGUGGCGGUAAACAUUUAGGAGACAACAUGGAGCAAAAUUGAAAGGCAAAGCAUUUAAUUAAUUGUGUUAUUUGAAAGGGAUGGUUAGUUUUAUCAGUUCCUGCCUGAGCCAUGUGGGAAUAUUAUGAAUUGCACAUAAGAACUGAGUGACUACUAUGACCUGCACACAUCUUCUGUGGAUAUGUCUGAGUCAGCUGUGCUAGGGCAUUGAUAGGAAAACUUUUGAGUGUGGAUUUACAGAGAUUCUCUUUUAAGUUUGAUCAUGUACAUAUCCUGGAAUACAUGUUAUAAAUGUUGUUCGUGAAUUCAAAACCUUUGCAUUCUGUAAUUCUUCGGUAUAUGUAUGUCCAUAUAACACACCACCCUCAGACUAUUCCACACCUACACCUUUCUUCCUUGGUGUAAUGCAGGUAAUAACAAGGUCAUUUUGACUAGGAAUAAGAAGAAAGCUUAUCUGUUCAGUCAUUUUCAUUGUGAAGUAGGAAUGAGAAAAUUUUGAGUGGGGCUGGCAGUAAAGUAUGAUGAUGGAGCUCAGAGGGGAAACAAAAUCACUAACAGUGAUUGAAGAAAAUGUACCAGCUGUUCUUCAGAAGAACUCUCAUUCAUGGCAGGAUAUAGUAAUAAUACUGGUUUGGAAGUCAGCAGGUAUCUAUUUUUUCCUCUGGCGACAUGAUUGCGGUAUAUUUGACUUGUAUCUGCUUCCCCUCUUGAGUAGGUGAUCAUUUUUCAGGGUCCAUAAAUAAGGUGAUGGCCCUUCUGGGCAUUCAGAUCAGGUCCUCUGCCAGUAGCAAUUUGAGGUUUCUCUCUUGUCAUGUAAAGUAUCUCUUAUGUAUUACAGUCUCGAGAGAGAGAUUCUGCAGUGUAAACACUGGUGCUUCACAGCAGAGUCCUGUACAAACGCUGCCUGGUGUAUAAUGAAAAGGUCGGGUUGGGUGUACAGAGAGGGUUGGCUGGUGUAAGGAUAUGUUCUGAGCUAUUUUCCUUGUGCAAUGUAAUUAACUUAAUUAACAUGUAAUUGUUCCAUAUGUAAUAAACAUAUUCACAUCAUAAAA